UUCUUUUCGAACUCCAAAACCUCUCUAGGGCUUUCUCUCUCCGAGCUCCUACUCCGCACCGCUCCUCCACUUCCCCUCCCCCUCCCCCCCUCUCUCUUCCUCCCCCUCUUCCUCUCCCUCUUCUCGACCAACCCGCGACCUCCUAAAACCCUAACCCUAGCUCCCUCCGCGGCACAUUUGGACGAACCCUAACCCUAGCCCCGAGUCUUCUUCCAGCUCCUGUAGUUUCCACUUUCGAGGAUCAUCGGCGCAUUCCCCGUGGCUUUUCGAGAUCCACCACUGCUGGACCGAGAGGCGCUCCAGAUUAGGAGUUUCAGGCGCAGGAAAUAACCAGUGAAAAGUUUUUCGCAGGUAGCUUGACAAGGUCUCUUCAAAAAGUAUUUUUGCGCCUGGAUUCGAGGAUAAAGCGUUAGUUUGUUGUAGUAUUCUGUAACAGUUGAAAUAAUGGGCUGUUUGCGCAUGGUGCCUUCUUUUUUUUGGUGUUCUCUAGUUAGGCCGUAGAUCAGAAUUCAGAAGCUUGUGGAUGCUAAUAUAUCCUCCUUUGCUGAACAAUGCAAACGAGGAAAAAGGUCCUUGCGAGAAAUGCAUCUAGAGAGUAUACUAACUCUAGAUCAUGUAGACAGCCUAAAAAGGUGACUUCAGCUGCUGAAAAGAAAGUUUCGGAUUUAAUCACGUCUUCUGCCAAGAAACAAAAAUCUGUUGCUGUGAGACUCUCAAAGAAGAAUGGAAUUGCUGAAGUGGGAAGGAACCUGACUUCUGGAUGUGAUGUGACAGGUGAGAAUGAAGGUGUUUGUCCGCCAAAGAAGAUUUCCCUUGAUCAUAAGAAAUCAGGUGAGAAUGCUGCCGAAUGUGUGCGCGGUUCUAUAUUUUCCCCUCCCUUCCAUCAUCCCAAGGAGUCUAGCGAUGAUGUUCAAGCAAAAGUUGACUCGGUGAACUCGUUCAAGGGUAAAGACCAACUGCAUCAUAAUGAUUGUCCAAUUGAAGAAGCAAGUGCUCAUUCCUUUGUUUCCUUCAACUCAUCAACAAAACAGAAGAUAAAUGUUGAAAAUAAGGCUGAAGAUGGCAGUGAAAAUCCCAAAUUUCAUGGACUAAACCAUGCUUAUGCAGUUCAUAUGGAAUCAGAUAAUGCGAUCUCAUCACUUGAGGAUGAAUUUAGUGCCUUGGGAAACAUCUCUUCUGAAGUGUCAGCCAUAUAUAUUGCAAUGCAGCAUUCUAAGUUGGAGUGCAUUGAUGAGCAAAGUCAAGACUCUAUGUCAACAGAAGAUUGUGUGGAUCCCGAUGAAACUGAUGAUUUUGAUGAUUUUGAUCCGUAUUCGUUCAUAAAAGAUUUACCUGAUUUGUCAGUGGUGGUUCCGAAGUUCCGGCCCAUGCUUCUCCCUAAACAAACGCGGAGUUGUCCUUCAACUACUCUCGUCCUGGAUUUGGAUGAGACACUAGUGCAUUCUACCCUUGAGCCGUGUGGAGAUGCUGAUUUCAACUUUCUGGUGAAUUUUAACCUUAAAGAGCACACUAUUUAUGUUCGUUGCCGUCCUUACCUCAAGGAUUUCUUGGAGCGGGUUGCUAGCCUAUUCGAGACAAUUAUUUUUACAGCUAGUCAAAGCAUCUAUGCGGAGCAGCUUCUUAACGUUCUUGAUCCAAAAAGGAAAUUAUUCCGCCACCGUGUUUACCGUGAAUCCUGCGUCUUUGUGGAGGGCAAUUACUUAAAGGAUCUGUCAAUUCUCGGCCGUGAUUUGGCUCGUGUUAUCAUUGUCGAUAAUUCCCCUCAGGCAUUUGGUUUCCAGAUAGACAACGGUGUUCCGAUCGAAAGCUGGUUCGACGACCCCAACGAUCGUGAGCUCCUUUUACUACUACCCUUCUUGGAAAGUUUGGUUGGCGUGGAUGACGUGCGGCCUCUAAUAGCAAGUAAGUUCAAUCUCCGCGAGAAGGUUGCAGCUGCGACGUGUCUUCCGAUCGACUUCAGAAGCUAAACUGAUCGUUUUUCUCUUAAAACAGAAAGUUGUUACGGAUGGCAAACAUCUCUGCUGAUCUCCAGAUGUGUUUUUUCUCCAUCUUAGGGCAUUUUUCUUCCCCCUUUGGGAGUUUUUUUUUGUUGUUGUUUGUUGUGAUGAGCUGCUGCUGUAUUGGUUGUAUUUUAUCUUUGGAAUAGUGUGGAAAAAAAGGGGAAAUUGCUUGUAAACUUUUUCUAUGUGGGUACAGCAAUAACUAUAUGUGAGAAAUGCCAAAGAUUUUGAUGGAUGUUUUCAAAUAAAUUUCCAGGAAGAAAAGGUGGUUGAUGGAAAA